UUUGGAUUAGAGGCCUUAAUGCCCUUACACUAACCAAAGUAAACGGCAAUUCAAUUACACAGCUAACACAGGACUACCUCCAAAAACCCUACUCCGACGGUUGAACUUCGUUGCAUAGCAGAAAUCGAGAGAAAGAGGAGAGAGAAAAGAGAGUAGAGAGAAGAGAUGUGGAGAUCCAUAGCAUCAAGAUCUUCCUUCACCAGAAGCUUUGUGCGAAAAUUGAUUUCUUCUACCCAAACCCCACCAUCUCAGGUAAUCCAUAAACCCUUGAUUUCAUCACAUUUUACAGUUAUCGAGAAUCCCAGCAAGUUUUCAUAUCAGAAUCACAGGUUUUUUUCUCAUUCUUCUUCAAUAAGUGAAAUUGAAACUGAGAAUCAUGAUUCCACUUCUUCUGAGGAAGUUGAAUUGGAAAAUGGUGGGGUUUUUGAUGAUACCCAUGAUGUUAGUUCUUCUCAAGAACUUGGUUUGAACCCUAAUUUUGAUGAAAUUAAUGAUGCCCAGAUGAGUAGUAUUGGGUUAACUGAUCAGGAGUUAGAAGGGGAUAGUGAGGAAAUUACUGGGGUUGAUUUUGAACAAUUGAAAAAUGUAUUGUCUUUGCUUCUAAAUGAUGUAGAUGGGUCAUUAGAGUCUAGCCUUGAUAGUAUGGAUUUGAUGUUGAAUGAGGAGUUUGUGGUGAGACUGCUCGUUUCACCGCUUAUUCCUGGGGAUCAUUUGAUUAGGUUUUACAAAUGGGUUUCGAGUCGAAAUGAAUUUAAAGGUAAUACUUUGUUGUUAAGUGAACUUGUCCGUGCUAUUUGCAAUGAUUAUGAACCCAAGAGGAAAGAUGUUUAUGCUUUGUGGGAUUUGGUGAAGGAAAUGGGUGAGAAAGAGAGUGGUGUUGUUAAUGCUGAAAUGCUUAAUCAAUUGAUAUCGGCAUUUUCGAGAUUGGGUAAGGGAAAGGCUGCAUAUGAGGCAUUUGGGAAGUUUGAGGAAUUUGGCUGCGUCCUGAAUGUAGACAGUUAUUAUCUUACAAUUGAGGCACUUUGCAAGAGGUCAUUUUAUGACUGGGCUACAUUAGUUGUUCAGAAAAUGCUUGAUGCUGGAAUGCUUCCAGAGAGUGAGAAGGUUGGUGAGAUCAUAUCAUUCUUAUGCAAAGGAUACAAGUCCAAGGAGGCCCAUGUUGUCUAUCUUGCUGCCAAGAGGGAUAAUAAGUAUCCUCCUCAGAAGGCAGUUAAUUUUUUGAUAAGUUGUCUAUCGAAGGUGGAUGAAACUGUGGACUUAGCACAGGAGGCGCUGGUUGAUUUUUCUGAUGAAGUUCGUAAACAUGCUAUUAAUCCGUUUUCAUGGGUCAUCCGCGGUUUGUGUAGGAAAAAUGACAUUGAGUGUGCUAAGAAGUUGUUUGCUGAGAUGAUGGAAAAAGGUCCGACUCCUGGGAAUGCAAUCUUUAAUAUUGUCAUUAACUCUCUUUCCAAAGCUGGAGAUAUGGAAGAUGCCAAGAGGUUACUGAAACUUAUGGAGACUAGGGGACUGAAACCUGAUGUCUAUACUUAUAGUGUCAUAAUUAGUGGUUACGCAAAGGGUGGUAUGAUGGAAGAAGCUCGCAAAGUCUUAUCAAUGGCGAAAAGGAAACACGCCAAGCUCUGCCCUGCUACUUUCCAUUCACUAAUUCGAGGAUAUUGCAACCUUGGAGAAUUUGACAGGGCUGUGAAACUGCUGAGUGAGAUGAAGGACUCCGGGGUCGAGCCUAAUGUAGAUGAGUACAAUAAGCUUAUCCAAUCACUUUGUUUGAAGGCUUUAGAUUGGAAAUCAGCAGAGAAGCUUCUGGAAGAAAUGAAAGAGAAAGGUUUGUAUCUACCUGGUAUUACGAGAGGUCUUGUAAGUGCAGUUAAAGAGUUGGAGCAAGAGGCAGUUGGAUCUGAAGAUGAUCAUGCCAAACCAUAGAUUGUUAGUGGACCAUGAUCAAUGUUGUAACAUGAAGUGGCUCAAGCCGUUUUUGUUCUUUUUCUUGUGGUAGUAUUUCUUUUUGUUUUAUUCUUUUCAUUUUCAUUUGGUUAUCAAAUUUUGGAGCUCUUAGGCAUUAAUCUGGAUGGCAUUGAUUCCAGAACUGUUGAUCAAAUAGUACAUCUUCUUUCAUUUGGCUGGCUAUGCCAUUUCGUCUGUGGUAGCUGGAUCUGUUAGGAAGUUAGUGCUUAUAUAUAUAUGUGCGAAACUGUUGGUAUGGAAACAUCAACAGAAACUUUGCUCUUUUUUUUUUCCAGUGAGCAAAAUAAUCAUGUCACUAACUCUUAUGUAUGAUUUCCUUAUCAAUGGAAGCUAGGGUUGUGGCUUUUAACUAUUUCUCUUUUGGCUAAGGGUGCAUUGGUGGAUAUAUUUUUGAGGGGUUUUCACCAGCCUUUGUUUGAGAGUUGGACAGUAGUAGUAGAGGGCUGGAUAUACGAGAUCAAAUUUCAUCUGCAUUGUGUAUGUACUUUAAAUGUUAUAUUUUUAAUUAUUUGCAUAGAUAUCUUCUAAUAUACCACCAAGAUGCCUUCUUUAGAAUAUUGCAGCAUUCUUGGGGCUCUCCAAUGAGUGAAUUAUGUUUACUUUCAGGAAGAACUUGAAAAGGAGGGGAUAUGGGACUUUGACGGUUAAGUUGUCCAUACAUUCGACAAGAGUUUUUAUAGGAGUAAUUUGGCUCUUCUUGGACGGUUUUCCUAAACGAAUGUCAAAAGGGGCAUUUUGAGAAAAUUAGUUGUUGACCUUUUUCUUGGAAGCGGGCCUAAUGCAAAGCUUAAGAAAGGUGAAUUUAUGGAAGCUGCUAAAAUCAGACUUCGAAAGGAGCCCAGUAAUAUUGAAUUUCAGAAGGUCACAACUGAAUUAUGUGUAUCAAAGGGAGGGGCUUGGGUGCUAAAAAGUGGCGAUGGAGUACCUAGAUGACUGUCAACUUAUUUUGAAGACGAUGUAGUUGUAGAGGAUGCAAGAAUACCAGUUUUGUCGCUGCUGAUAUUGUCCAGCAGAAGACAACGAGUUAUCAAUUGGUGAAGAAAGCCAUAGAGCUUGUUGAGUACUGCUAAAAAGAUGGCUGUGCUUGAUUGAGGAUGGGAAGACAUGCCAUUGAGCGAGGAAUUAUAAGUGGAGUGCACUAACCAUCUUUUUUUCGCGGGAGGCUGGGGGAUCCUGCUAAUUGCUAACUGAGAAGUACAUGAUGCAGCCGUAAAUAUUACGAAUGACAGUUAUUUCGAGGGUUUCUAGUUAGAUAAUGGUACCAAUCUUUGCCAAUAAAUAGUUAGAGUGAGUAUUGCCGUAUUGUAAUUUUUCUUAUAUCCUCGCCUACCCCCUCCCAUACACCCUUUCUCUCCCCUCGGACGGUUGCAUCAGCAAUACCCAUUCAAAUUCUCCCUCUCCCACACUCUUCCAUAAUAUUAUGGGUCAUAAUGUUAUAAAAUAAUUCCCAAGCUCGACUUGAUCAAAGCUUGACUCAAUUUCAAUGAUCUCAUAUCAAGCAAUUCUUGUGAUCCAACUUGAAUUGCUAAAGAGGUGGUCAAAAUUUGUAUGUAUAGUAGUAUAUUGAUUGUUUUUUAUAAACCAAAAUUUUUUGAA